AUGGAUUACCAUUCGAUAUACCAACUAUUUACGGCCACUUAUCAUUCUGAUCCUAAUAUCCAAAAACAAGCUGAAUUACAGCUAAAAAGAGUUGAGGUUAUGCCGGGCUUUGUUUCGACCUGCCUACAAAUGAUUGGGUCACAAGAGAGCGAAACUGGCACAAGGCAGGCUGCCGCUAUAUAUUUGAAAAAUCGUAUUCGCAGUUCAUGGGAGGUGGAUGAGGACAAUAAGAAAGCAGUACCAAUCUCGGACGGUGACCGGAGGGGCUUUAAACAAAAUAUUCUCAACGUGCUCUUAAACACCCCAAAUAAUGUGAGAGAGCAUCCAAAGAAUUGGCCGGAUUAUCUGUCGCAAGUGCAAAUGAUGCUCACAUCGAAUGAUCUGAGCACAGUUUACAUCGGUUGUUUGGCUUUGUUAGAAGUUGUUAAAAUUUACCAAUGGAAAUCAGAAGAUUUUCGAAGCCCUUUACGAGAAAUCAUCCAAACUGCGUUUCCGGUAAUUCUACAAGUUGCGCUAAGGAUACAGAACGAAGACAGUCUUGAUGCUGCAGAGCUCAUGAGGAUAAUACUUAAAACGUAUUCGUCGGCAGUUCACUACGAACUUGUCAAAGAACUUCAAGACAAUUCAUCAUUGGUCCACUGGGGAACGCUUUUUCUUAACAUAGUUGCUAAACCUAGCCCAGAAUCAGCACUUCCUGCUGAUCCUGCGGAACGGGAGAAAUUUGGCUGGAUGCGUCCUAAAAAAUGGGCAUAUAGCAUUCUAAAUCGCUUGUUCAGCAGAUAUGGCAACCCAGCACAACUUCCUCGUUCAGCUUGGAACUUGUACAAAACAUUUGCCGAGAAUUUCAUUGAGAAUUUUGCACCACAGAUCCUAAGACAAUACUUACAUCAAACAGAGUUAUGGAUUAAAAAAGAACAAUGGUUGAGCAAGAGUGCGUUGUUCUCCUUGGCUGAUUUCUAUAAGGAUGCAAUUUUUCACAAGAAGACAUGGCAGAUUUUAAAACCUUACAGUGGCGAGCUAGUCUCUCAUUUCAUUUUCCCGCAACUCUGCUUUACUACUGAAGACAAUGAACUAUGGUUGGAGGAUCCUAUUGAAUACAUACAUAAAAAGGUUGACCCGCUCGAAGACUUUACAUCGCCAGUAAAUGCUGCUACCACAUUCUUGAUAGAUCUGACACGACACCGUCGGAAGCACGUACUUAAUGGGAUUCUAGUGGUUAUUAAUUCUAUACUCAAGACCUAUCAAGAAGCUCCGUCAAAUGAGAAGAAACCAGGAGAAAAAGAUGGUGCAUUGAGAAUGAUGGGAUGCUUGGCCGAUCAAAUUUUAAGGAAAAGGAGCAACGUUACUCAUUUAAUGGAAGGAUUUUUCGUUGAGCAUGUAUUUCCAGAAUUCAAGAGUCAGCAUCCAUUCUUGAGGGCGAGAGCAUGUGAUAUGUUAGUGAAAUUCUCUGAACUGAAUUUUCAAGACCAGCAAAACCUUGCGGCUGCUUUCCAAGGGAUUACCGACUGCAUGAGGGACGUGGAACUACCCGUAAAAGUACAAGCUGCUUUGGCUUUGCAGAGUAUGAUACGACAUGAUGUUGAGUUAAUCAACCUCACAAAUCAAGCUGAUAUGGACAUUCUUACUACUGUAAUGGAGGAAUUUGUUGAAGUGUUCUCAAAAGAACUGAGCCCAUUCGCGAUUCAAUUAUGCGAGCAAUUGCGUGAUGCAUAUCUGCGAAUUGUUCAGUCGAUUCCUGAAGAUCGUGAUGAGGACUUUUUAAAUUCUCUUACUAUUGAUGAUAAGACUAUGGCAGCGAAUGGUGUGCUUAAGACUUUGUCUGGUAUGAUCGUGAACUUGGAAAUUUCUCCGGAAACUUUCGCUCAGAUGGAAGUAUCCUUACUUCCAGUAAUUACGUAUACUCUACAGAAUAAUAUUGUCGAUUUGUAUGAUGAUGUGUUUGAGAUUAUCGAUUACUGCACUUUCACAACAAAGAAAGUGUCACCGGCUAUGUGGAACGUGUUUGAUUUAGUAUACAAAUCUGUCAAAGAUGCUGGAAUAGAUUACAUUGAAGACAUUGUGCCUUCGUUGGAUAAUUAUAUAUCAUACGGCAAAGAUGUAUUGUUAGAAAAUCAAAACAUACAAGCCAUGAUGAUGGAUAUCAUUGAUACGAUAAUGAAGCAUGAUCGGUUGGAGGAAAGUGACCGUGUGGCUGGUUGUAAACUAAUGGAAUCUGUUCUGUUGAAUUGCAGAGGUCAAGUAGACCAGUAUGUAAGACCGUUUAUGGACCUUGCUUUCAUGUACUUCGCCAAAGUACAAGAAUUACGCAGCACAGCAUUCAAACUUUAUCUUCUUGAAGUUAUAAUCAAUGCUCUAUAUUAUAACCCGCUACACACGCUUGUCAUCCUUGAGGAACGCCAAUCAACGCAGGCUUUUUUCACGAUUUGGUUCCAAAGCCUAGACAAAUUUAAUCGUGUCCAUGAUAAGAAACUCACCAUUAUGGCAUUAUGUGUACUAGUAGAAUUGCCUCCAGAACAACUGCCACAGGCAGUGCAGGUGGGGUGGUCGCAAAUAUUACAGGCUUUGUUGACUGUACUAAAAGGAUUGCCUGAGGCUGAACAAAAUCGAGAACGCAUGCAAAAAGCAUAUGAAGAAGGCAUUGAUAGUGAUGAUGAUGAAUCUGACCGAUUCAAGGCUUUUGGCGGGGAUGAGGAAGCCGAUGAUGAUUUUGAGGACCUUGCUACAGAAAAUGCUGAUGAUGAGGAUGUGCUCGAUAAAGACACCGAGUACUUGGAGAUGUUGGCGCAAGAGGCAGAAAAGGCGGCAGCGGAAGAGACGGAUGACGAUGAAGAUGACAUCAAGGAAGAGGUCUUGUUUGAAUCUCCACUUGAUGAUAUUGAUGCGUACAUCAAAUUCCAGGAGACGCUAGUUGGAUUACAACAACGCAAUCCAUUGUCCUAUCAACUACUUACUAGGGACUUGACUUCCGAAGAUCAAGAAGUGAUAAAAUCGUUAUUUGCCACCGCUGACGAGCAUCGCGAACACGCGAAAACAGUGGCAACAAAAGAGAACGAAGAUAUUUGA